AUGCUCUCUGAGCUUAUUAUCGCAUCUACGCUUGUCAUCAACGGAUUUGCGGUCCUCAACUUUAAAUUGUUAAUUUUCUAAUUUUCUUUUAAUUUUUCUGGACUUCAGGCAAAAAGCUCCACAAGGUUUCAACGCAUUCGCUGAAGGGGAAGGCGAGAACCAAUCGGCUGGUGAUAAAAUCCGCCAAUUCCUUCUCUCGUUGCAAUAUUUCCGUGUUUUUCAUCGCUUUUUGGAACGUUUUUUUAUCAUCUUUUUGAUGCUUGUGUAAGUUUUUUUAAUUAUUUUAGCUCUAAAAAAACAGCACCAGGCAUAAAAAUUUUUUUCCAAUAAUAUUAUUGGAAAAAAAUCAUGAAACCUUUUUCAGGUUCUUCUCCCACUGAAAUGACAGCUACUUUCGAUAUUUCCGGCAUAACUUCUUCCUUGUCGGAAACAGUUAAUUACUUGACCAAUGCUGAUAAUAUUUUAAAAGUAGGAUUUAUAUUCACUUUUUUUGUGUAAAGACAAAUUUUCAGAAAUCUUUGCGCCCGAUUCCUGCCGGCAGAAAGAGGGCUUCGGCCCGUGUUUUACCCAAAAAAGACGAGAAAAAUGAGGUAGAAUUAAUAGAAUUUUAGACAAAUUUGAAGAUUUUCAGGACGAUGAAUUCAACAUUGAUUUUUCUAGUGAAUUGAAAGAGUUGAGAAGUGAGCUGGAUAUGAGGAGAAGAGAAGAAGACAGGCUACAAAAAGAGAUUGCCGAAAUUCUGGCUGAAACGACAAUAGGUUUGUUUGAAAGUUCUUGUUGGGGUAUUCAGAAGGGCGUAGAAAAUUUACAUAAAAGUCUCAGGUGUAAAGUUGUUUUUUUUUUAAUUGGAAAAAAACCGGUGAAAAAAUAAUUUGAUUUGAUAUUUAUUUCAGCUGAUGAAAAACGUAGAAAGUUGGGCAUCGACGGUAAAAUUUGUGGUUUUUGGGGUUUUUUUUUUUGAGUUCGAUUUCGUAAGGCCUUUUUUUUUCAAGGGAAACGAAAAAGCUUUUUUCGAAAAAAGACCUUCUAAGGGUUCUUAGCAGAUUUUUUUUUAUUUCGUUCUAUUUCAUUUUUGCAUCUUUUUCACACCCUUUAACAGAAAAAAGGCUGAAAAGCAAAUAAGAUUUGAGCGGAUUUAAAAAGGAUCCGCUCAGGCUAUGAGAAAGGGGAUAAAAAGCUUUUUCACAGCAUUUUGGGAGCUUUUAGAGGAAGCUUUUUAUCUCCCUCUCAGUAUUCUUUGAGCAUUUUCGUUUUACCUGUGUUUGGUUUCUUUGAGUUAUCGAUGAGUAAAAAAAAAUUUUUUUACCCUUUUUUUCAAAUUCCGUUUAUUUCACCAAGUUCCUAUUUUUUUUCCUGGACUUUUUUUCGAUAAUUGUCGGCCAGAAGAGAAACUUUGAGAAGCGCCUCAAAAAGUUUAGUAUUUUUUUGAGGGAGCUUCACCUUAAAUUAACGAAAAAAAGUUUUUUUAUGUUUAAUGGCCCCAUUUGAAAAAAAGUUUUUCUGUCUUUUAUUCCACAAGUUUGUUGUUGCACAAAAACGCCGAUUUUCUGGUUCAAUCUUGAUCUUUUUUUGUUUUAUUAUUGUUCAUGUUCAUGAAAAAAACUCCAUUAAUUUUUUUAACCUUUGCUUUUUAUUCUCUUUAUUUUUUUCUUUUUCAUCAAAAACUUUUUGAAAAAUUCCUACUCCAGAUGGCGGAGAACAAAGUCGUUCCUUCGGUUUGGCCGUUUCUCGGCUCAACAACAGUAUGUUGAUGGUGGAAAAUGAUUCGAAACAAUUGGCGGCAAGCUUGAAAACGAUUUCCACGUUGGCUGAUACCAUUAGCGGACGGGUUCGUUUAAUUUUUAUAGACUAUGUGCCACGACUUGAAAUUUCACGGAACGACAUUCCGCUGUUCCGCUGCGUGCGUUCGCGAAGCGUCUUUCGGAUCUAGGUCACGCAUUCAAUUGAUUGUAAUUGCUGUGGGAGCACAUAAAAGUAGAGUACCUUAAUAAAAGAAAAAAAAAAGUUAAAAGCGCGACCAAAGUUCGCAAAGGCGCGCAGCGGAACGGCGGAAUGUCGUUCCGUAAAAUUUCAAGUCGUGGUACUCAGACUAUAGUUAGAAAGUUUUUUGAGCGCUUUUUCAUCAAAAUUCUUUUUUUUUUUUCAAGGUUUCUGCUCUGGACGUCGCCAAAACACGUGUCGUUGAAUGUCUUCAAUUGGCCAGCGAUAUGAGGGAUCUUGGUUCGGAAUUUCUCAAUUUUAAAUAUUCAAGGAUCUUUUUCAGGUGUCUGCAGUGAAGGAAUUGAUGAUGCCAUUAGGAAUGAAGAUUUUGAAACUGCGGCUCAACAUAUUCAUCGAUUUUUGACCCUGGACAAGGCCGUUUUCCAGUACCGAGAAGCUGGCGAAAGGAAUCCUGGUUGGUGUUGGGUUUUUGGGAGAGUUUCAAGUUGAAAAAUAGUUUAAUGAGGGUUUUUUGGAACAAAUUGAGCCGAAAAAAAGUUUUUUUGAAGUUGAUCAGAUUUUUUUUCAUUCAGAAAAAGAAAUCGAACUACAUUUUUUUUUUAAGGAGAUCAGGAUAAGGUCUCAUAAAACGGCGACUUUUCCGAUUUUUUCAUAUCGCUAGGGAACUUUCCGACGGCCACCUUUCCGCCGAAUCUUCUUCCGACUUUCGAAAGAUUCGGCGGAAAGGUGGCCGUCGGAAAGUUUCCUAGCGAUAUGAAAAAGUCGCCGUUUGAAUUUUCGCUGGUCUUUUUUUCAUACCACCUUUUUUCGUAAUCAGAAUUCAGAAUCUUUUGAAUUACACAUCAGCGAAUUCUCAAUGCUUGUCAUUUCGUAAUGUUGGAAGGAUUAUUUUGACUAAUUUCGAAGUUCUUUACGGUCGUAAAUAGGCCUUUUGAAAGCUCGUAUAAAUCCGCAAAAUCGCAUUUUUCUUUUAAAUUCAUGGGCAAAAUCGGAAGGACCCUUUACGGGCCCUUUGGGCGUCCGUUAUGAAUCAAAAAAAACGGGUGGCAACGGUUUCCUUUUUACUGCCUUUUUCCGUCCUUUAAUCGGCCUUCAUCCGCCCUUUUUCGGCCCUUUUGAAAAACAUAAAACUUUUCAAAUUGAGAAUAAUCUUUACCAGUGACUGUGUAUGAACCAAAUCGGGCUACAGUAAUGAAAUCGGAAAUCAUCAAUUUCCAAGACUUUUAGCACCCUUUUUGCACCCUUUUUGAGGUUUUUUAGCCAACCAAGAAAGAAAGGCUCAAUAAAGGCCGCAAAAUGGAACCCUUUUAGCGGCCAUUUUUGCAGUCGCUACCUUUUUCCGCACUUCCGACUUUGGCAGUGCUGUGUUUUUUUUAAACCACCCGAACUUUAUUGAGAGAGAAUGACAAAACGGGGCAAAAAAUAAAAAUAGAAAGAAAACUUGAACAUAACCAUGAAAAAAAACCAGCCAAAAUACAGAUUUUGAAGUUUAGGACUUCAACAGUUUGACAACACGUAAAUAAUUGUUUUUGUUGAGAAUGAAUGAUAAAGGUAUAACAAAAGCGGAGAUCGGAAUAUCCGAAUAAUAAAAAACGCACAAAAAAUCAACAUUCAGUGUGUCAAAAGUUAUCUUUUUCCUUUCUAUAUCCAAGAAACGGGUUAAUGCGAUCCCAAUAACAGCAAUUUCUUUCACCUGAAACUAAUAUUUUUGAUUUCAAAUUUUAUCAUUUUUCCGAACCGUUCUAAUUAUUGUUAGAGGAAGAGCCUGGAAAAGAAUAAUCUUCUCAAUUUUCUUCUUCUCUGUCGAAAUAAGAGUGAACCUUGUUAUUUGACGAUGAAUGAUGAUAUAGGCUACCAAUGUAAAAAAAUUUACGAUACAAACGCCGAUUUCGUAAAUCUGGGAUAAUUGUAUAUACACUGCGUUCAAUAAGGAUAGGACCCCCCUCGAUUUCGGACCUUCUGGCAAAAUACGGAAAGAUAUCAAAAAUCUGUAAGUGCCAUUCGAUUCAGAAUACAAAACAACCCCCAGAGCCAAACUUUCAUUAUCUUAGCACUUUUCCUACGAAAAUGCCAUUGAAAAAACGGUUUUUCGACCGUUCAAUAAGGAUAGGACCCCCUGGAAAUUUUGACUUUCAUUGGUGGUUUUUGGUCAAUUUCUUUUUUCGAUGAGUGGUUUUUUUGUCCUCAUAUCAUUUUUCAUCAAGUUUUCUACGGUUUUACUUUCAUAUCUUCCAGGUUUGAAAAAUAUUUUAUAUCGAAAAUAGGGAAAAAUGACGUUUUUUUAGGUUGCAUCAUAAUAUUCGAGCGAAUGAAAUUUUUCAGUACUUUGAAUGUACUUAUCCUAUCAAAAGAGACAUUUUAACAUUUGGAAAAACAAAAAGAAGUUUGAAAAACAUUCGUUUAAAAGUUAGAAAACCAGUUACAAGAUGGUGUAUCGUGACCGAAUUUCAGACUGUCUUCGUUUUCGACCGUUUAUCUUUCCGUAUGUAGUCGGAAUAGCGAUGUACUUUUUUUAAAGGAUUUGUGAAGGUGCUCCCAUCACAAAAAGACACUUAGUUGAAUUGGAUAAAAAUUGGCGAUCCUCGGAAAUCAAAGGAAUAAACACCCUUCCGACUGCUACUCGAACUUUUUGCGGUACUGUAUAAAUAAAUCAUAUAAAAAGUUUUAUUUCUAAUGAAAAUUGUUUUAUUGCACGUUUUCAUUUUUGUAUUAUUCAGUUGAAAAACUAAAAACCCGCCAAACGCUCUAUUUGAAACAAUACCUUCGAUGAGCGCGGGUACCAAUUUCUCUCCACAUUUUCUCGGCAUUGUACGUGGUAAAUAUAAUUUUUUCAGAUUAUCUUGUUGAUGAAAUAUGUUGCUAGUACCUUCACAAAUCCUUUAAAAAAAGUUCACCGCCAUCCCGACUACAUACAGAAAGAGAAACGGUCGAAAACGACGACAGUCUGAAAUUCGGUCACGAUACACCAUCUUGUAACUGGUUUUCUUUUAAACGAAUGUUUUUUUCAAACUUCUUUUUGUUUUUUUCCAAAUGUUAAAAUGUCUCUUUUGAUAGGAUAAGUACAUUCAAAGUACUGAAAAAAAUUUCAUUCGCUCGAAUAUUAUGAUGCAACCUAAAAAAACGUCAUUUUUUUCCCUAUUUUUCGAUAUAAAAAUAUUUUUUUCAAACCUGGAAGAUAUGAAAGUAAAAACCGUAGAAAAUUUGAUGAAAAAAAUGAUAUGAGGACAAAAAACCACUCAUCGAAAAAAAGAAAUUGACCAAAAAAACCACCAAUGAAAGUCAAAAAUUUCCAGGGGGUCCUAUCCUUAUUGAACGGUCGAAAAAAACCGUUUUUUUCAAUGGCAUUUUCGUAGGAAAAAGUGCUAAGAUAAUGAAAGUUUGGCUCUGGGGGGUUGUUUUGUAUUCUGAAUCGAAUGGCACUUACAGAUUUUUGAUAUCUUUCCGUAUUUUGCCAGAAGGUCCGAAAUCGAGGGGGGUCCUAUCCUUAUUGAACGCAGUGUAUGAAUUACACACAGAACUCACGUGGUAGAAAAUGUAGGCUCUUCGAUUUCCUCCGCAAGAAAAUUGAGCUUCGCAAAAAAGAUCAGUGCAAAAUCCUGGAAUUUGAAAGAUUUUAAGAGAUGAAAGGUUCAUGAUGGGUGUCAAAAUUAAGAUUAAAAAAUAAAGAUUUCUGAGAUCGAAUCUUUUUUGUACGGUUCAUGAGAAAGUUUAGAUAGAUAAAAAUAAAGUAAAGACAUUUUGAUAAAAUUCAAUACUUGAGGCCUGAUCCUAGAACACGAAAAUAUGAAGCUUCAGCUCUCAAAAAAACACAGGAUAUUAGAAAAAAAAAAUUUCUUUGAAGCUUCAUAAUUCUAACAAAACUGCCAGAAAUUGUAAUUUUGUCCUGGUAUCAAAAAAAUUUUUUCCAAAUUCAUCAAAAGUUCAAAAUACCAUUAACGAGCUCUCACAAGUUUCCUAGGCCCCUAAAGAUGAUACUAAAAUCUCAACACACCAUUAAAGACGUAAAAUAAAGGUAGCGUGACCCACACGGCAUAAAUGUAGUUCUUCAAAUACUUUCUGAAAGUUUACUAAACAUUCUUCAGAUUUUAUUUUACGAAAAACUAACCCAGUAACAAGAUAAUAAUGCUUUUUGCGGGCAAAGACUAACACUAGCCUCUGUAUGGCCAUUAUCAUAUCAAACAGGCAGAAAAUUGUCGAAGCAUAAAGGAAAAAUGGCAUGUUCACAAAAACAAAAAGGAUAACUAUCACCACCAUUGACCUAAACUUUUUCUUCCCCUCAAAAUAAUAUUUCUCAAAAAAACUACCCGGAAAUCAAAUGCAGAAAGAAUAUAUAGAAUGGGAAGAGCUCGAAGAAAAAUAUGAUGGUGAUCAUGAAAAAUUGAUUCCACAGGAUUAACUUGUGCUUCUUAAAAACUUAAUUUCAUGAAGCAGUUACUAUGGGAAAGACUCACAAGCUUUGCGAUUUCGGCCCGAAAAUUGAUAAUCAGAUAUGCGUAGAUAAUAUAUAAUAAAAUCAAAGGGGAAGUCAGAAUAAUGAUAGUCAUUAAAUAUUUGACGGUCUCAGCAUUGCCGAGCUCGGGAAAUGCGCUCGAAGGCAUGAAAGUUGUAAAAUGAGAAGAAAUAUCUCCCGAUUCAAGCCUACGUCAAAACUUUCACCUGUCGUUUGAGAGGCAUGGUUAAUAAACUUUCUGAAACUUUUUGAACACAGAUUUGAUUAAUUAUUGAUUGGAGAUUUUAGGAGUGCGAAAAACAGUCAAAAAUAGAAAUUCUCAGUUUUCACACUUUUUUCUCAUUUCUUCAAGGACGGCACGCAACAAGAUAAAUGAAGUCUUAGACUUAUCAAAGGAGCUCCCCCCACUGGUUGAACUUUUGAUGAAACUUUGCGGAAGUGUACUCUAGGACCUCCUGAUUGCAGAAAAAAAUAAAAAAAAUUCUCGCAAUAAGUCUUUUUUUUGAGUUACGACGCUUCAAAAAUUCGUUAUUUGUCAUAAUUUGCGGACUCUGAAGAUCCCUAACUCGAAAACAAGAUCUAUUGCGAGAAGUUUUUUUUUCUUGUUCUGCAGUCAGGAGGUCCUAAAGUACACUUCAGCAAAGCUUCAUCACAAGUUCAACCCUGAAUGGGGGAAGAACUUCAUUCCACAUUUUGGUUAGGUACUUGAAAAAGCCACGACACUCCUUGAUGUACCAGGAAAUGAUCCGGAAAGUCUCAACCUUUAAAACUUUUCAGUUUUUGAGAAAAGUCAAUGAAAACCUCGAAAAAGAGGUGAAUUUGAUUUUGAGAAAUAGGAAACUGGGCAGGUUGAGCAUUUCUCUUCAAGAAGUUAUUUCGGUCAAAUUUUAAGAAGUUCUCAGCCUUCAAUUAAAAUGACCUUUCUCUCUAGCUGCUUUGAAAAAAAAAAUCCUAAAAAUUGAAUAAAAUUUCAGACGCCACUAACUCGAUUCGUCACAGUUAUGAUGUUCUGACCAGCGCUACCUCAAGACUGAAGAAAAUUCUCGAAUCACGGCUUGAUGAGGCUGUUCAGCGACAGGAUGUGCCGAAUUUGCAGCGGUUUUGAAUAUGAAACUUUGUUGAAAAUAAGGAUUUUUUUAGAUUCGUCAAAUUAUUCCCAAUGUUGAACGAGGCGGACAAUGGAAUAAAGCGAUUCAGUGUUUAUUUGAAUCAGAAAAUCGAUAAAUUGGGAGAGGAUCAUGUUAAGGUAAAAUGAUAAAUAUGAGAAAUUUAGGGGUCCCGAUAGGGGGACAAUUGUGGUCCCUUGGAGGGCUCCCUAUAUGGGUUGAAUUUAAAGUGGUCCCUAGAGGGGUAGGAUCAAAUUUCCACUGGAAUUCGCCUCCUCCCUUUCAAACAACGCCCCUUAAACAAAUAUUUAAAAAAAAUUUACCCUUUAAACUUUUUUUAGAAUUCGUUAAUGCUUUCGGAAAGGCUUGAAGCUCAAUUUUGGGUGCGCCCGACUUGAAACGACUUUAAAAAAUCAUCAAAAAUGGUGGUAUUUUCAAGUCGGCAGUGACUUUUUGACCAUUUCCAAGUCCAAUCAUGGUAUUUUUCAUAUUUUUCCAGAUAAUGCAAGCUGGAGGAACUGAUGAUAAACGUCUCAAUGUCCUAUAUGCUGAUACCCUUUUUCCUCUUUUUUGAAGGUUUUUAUCUGUCAAAAAAAAAAAUUUUCAAAAAUUCCUAGGAAUCGCCGGAAUCCUGGAGGCGAACCAGCCCAUCAUUGAGAAUUCCUACGGGGCUGAUAAACUUCUGGAUUUUAUCUCGAUUCUUCAGGUUUGGAAAUUUUCAGGAUGUCCAAUGAUAUUUGAGUGCAAAGUACUUGGGUUCAGCUCAAUAAUAUUGAAAAAAAUAAUUUUUUUCUGGAUAUUUUAUUUUCCAAGAGUUUUUUUCCCCCUUACUAGAGAGCGUUUUUACCCCCCCCGCCCCCUCCCAAGCUUCAAAGACCGGAAAUCACGCAAACUGGGAGGUAAACGAUCCCUAAUCAGCUUCGAAUUUCACCUUUUUUUCAGAUUAAUAUUGAUGGGGUUGUUGGCAAAGUUCUCGAGGCUUUCGAAAAAAGCCGCGGCGUCAAUAGUCGUGUCAGAAAAGUUCAGCGACUUUUGAGAGACAAAAAUGCGACGGCCGGUGGGUUUUUCUUUGUAACUCCGUCGCCUAUCGUUUUUAUGAGUAAAAAAAAGAAGUCAGUAGUGAAUUUUAAGAACGGAUCGAUCCUCUUGAAUUGGACGUCCUUCUAUCGGAAAUUUGCCUGAUGAAUACUCAUGCCGAAAUGUAUUGGAGAUUCAUCAGAAGACGAGUUGGAGCCGCUCCUGGAAGCGUUGCGAAAGAGAAGGACGAGGUUUUUAGGAUUUUCAUGCAAAAAUAAAUUAUUUUGAAGUAUGUCGUCGUUGGUGAUGAUGAUUAUGAAGACCUGGACGAGGAGCAGAUCAAACGGCUUGAAGAGGAAAAAGUUCGAAGAAAGGCGGACAGAGAGAGGAAGCUGGACCAGCUCCUGAACCGAAGUCUCGUCGGGACCAAGAUGCAGGUUUCUGAAGGGGUUUUUGAUGGAAAAAUAGUUGAAGUUCUGAAAAAAGGCAGAUUUUCCAAACCCUGUUUAGCCUUCAGCCUUCUGAAAAAUGGCACAGUUGAAGCGUUUUUUUUUCGAUGCUAGGUCCGCGAAUAUUCGUGAGCGUGACUUGUGCAUACACCAAUUUUGAAGAGCAAUUUUUAGCUAUAUUCACCUUUUUCAAAAUUUUACUCUAACAAAAUGUGAGACCAAUAAUAAAAGGGGCGGAGCCAAAGCUUCACCGUCCCCAUGUGACGUCAUGGGAAUCAAUAACAACAAUGAAUAUUAAUGGCGCACGCUCAAUGGGUCAUGAGACGAACCGUUUUCUCAUUUAAAAGAACACAGAGAGCGCCGCAGUGCAUGCACACGACACUACAGUACACUUUCAAUGUUUUUUUUUAUUUCUUCUGUAUGCAUUCUACAUCAACUUUUGUUCAAAAAAAAAUUGAAAAAUUUAUAAAAAAUCGAGAAAAGAGCUGAAUGUUUCCAAGAAUCGUUUUCCAAGAUUCAAAUUUUCCAAGAUUCGACCUCUUAAAAUUGGUGAAUGCACGCUUACGAACAUUCGCGGACUUGAAAUUCCUUCCUACCGUCUUUUUUCGACGCGUGAAACCGUCGUUGAUCAAGAAGAUCAACUCGUCUUUCUUGUAUUAGUAAGCGAGGUUGGGCGUCUCGAUGAUCAGCUACUUCUUCAUGUAGAAGCAGUACGGCGCCCAGCUUGUCCAGAGCGCCAGAUCAAAUCUCAGACGAUUGCAGAAAAAAAAAAUUCACUUUAAAGCUUCUAAUAGUGGAGUUUCAUUACUUAAUUGCUCAUCUUAGGAGCUUCUUGGAGAUUACAUCCUCUUGGAGCAGUACUACAUGGAAGAAACGGUUGUCAAGGCGAUCGAUAUGGAUCAGAAGGACGAAUCGUCAGGAUUAUUGAGGUGGAUAGGAAGAAACCACCAUUUUUCAUAUUUGUCAAUCAGUUCGGUCGUUGAUGAUGUCCUUUUCAUCGUGAGGAAAUGCGUGAGAAGGGCCGCCAGCAGCGGUUCGGUCGACUGUGUCUGCGCGACCUUGAACAAUGGAGUUACACUUCUGGAAACGACUUAUUUCGCUCAUCUUCAGAAGGAUAUUAAUGUUAGAUUCGAAAUAAAUGUCGGAAUAAUUUAUACUUGUCCAGGCCGGCUAUCCAUCCGUUGGCUUCGCAGCUGAAGCCUUUCAGACCGCCCAAACUGCCUACAACGUCAUCCAGCAUGGUAUCGACUCUAAGAAGUUCUAGCUACCAUGAGCAACUUUGAGGCAAAACCGUGACGGAGGCGGGGCCGGACGCCCAGCGUGAGACCUUCCUGACCGCCUUGAACAACGCCAAGGGAACUGCGAUGAUGUUGAGAGAUUUGAGGAGAAGCUUGCAUUCGGAAUGGACCGCCAAGUCGCAGGUUAGAAUAAAAGACACGGAGUUUUUGUUAGUGCACGAAAAUGCGAAACCAAAAACAUCCGCCGUUCCCACGUGACGUCAUACGAAUGACACAAAACCUAAAUAACAGAGCAUAUUAAAGGCGCAGACCGCCGUUUUGCCAGAGGUCUUUAAGACGAAUCGAAGUUUCUCUACAUAAACGCAAUUUUCUGCGCGAAAGCGGCGCAGUGCAUGCACACGACACACGACACUUUACGGAGAAAAAGUGGGCGUGGCGUCGUCGUUCCUAAUGGGGUGAGGGAAGGUGAGGGAGGCGUCAAAGUUUCUGAAUUUACAAAAAAAAGUUAGUGCGCGCUCCGGAUAAAAGGGCUGUGACGUCACAGCUACCUAUCGUUGCAAAUUAAACUGAGUAUUCAACGGCAUGAAGAAUACAGUACUCCCCAUUUAGCUGCGUACUUGAGAUUUCAAAGUUCGCGCCAAAAAUUUUUUUGACGUCUUCUCACCCCGUUUGGGAACGCCGUGGUUUCUUAAGAAACUAUUCUGAUAGUAAUAGGAACCUUGAUUUUUAUCUUUUCCAGAGGCCCAAGGUCGAUACAGACAAGCUUGAGCAUGCGGCUGCACAACUUGAAGAUGUAAUUUUUAAAAAAUCACAUAAAAAUAGGAUAAAAUUGAGGUUGCCCGAAAGAUGGAUUCUUUAUCUAAUCGGGGCGUUGACGUUCUUUGCGAUUCGGCCUUCAAACCGAAGUUGAAGUCCAGGUUUCCUCCAGAAAAUGCUUGAAAAAAAUGCGCGAUUCAUUUUUUCAGUUGUUGACGCUUACCGAGAGUUGCCCCAUGAGCUGACUAUGGAAGAUUUGGCCGAAUUCGAAGCUGCAGAUCCAUUUAUCGAAGCUUUUGCUUCGAUGUUGGAUAAGCUCAUAGCGACGCAUGAACCCAUUCUGCAUGCUGAGAACUUCCAGGUUUUUAUGUGAUUUCAGCUGAAAUUUGGGUCCUAAUAAGAUGAGAAGAUGUAUAAUGUUUUUAUGAAAUUAAUAACUUUAUUGAAUUGACUUGUAUUUAUUUUUUUAAAUAUUAAAAAAACAAAGCUAGGCUUACUUUUUUUCUUGUAUCUAUAGUUGCUGCUCAAUUCAUUUUGAUCCUGAUCAUUUUUUUAAGAGUUUUGAAAAUUUGACUUUAAAAAUUUAAGAUUUUUUUCCUGUUAGUCCUGGACGACCUAAAAUUAUUCAUCGUGGAAUUUGGCAGCACCUAGAAUCGAUGUUUUUGAACUUUUUAAAGUUUUGGCACUGCCUAAUUAUUUUAUCAUUGAAAAGAUUCUAUAUUAAAGUAUGUAUGCCACGACUUGAAAUUUCACCAAACGACAUUCCGCUGUUCCGCUGCGUGCGUUCGCGAAGCGUCUUUCGAAUCUAGGUCCCGCUUUCUAUUGAUUGUUAUUGCUGUGAGCACAUUAAAGUAGAGUACCUUCAUAAAAGAAAAAAAAAAGUAAAAGCGCGACCAAAGUUCGCAAAGGCGCGCAACGGCACAGCGGAAUGUCGUUCCGUGAAAUACCAAGUCGCGAUACACAGUCUAUAUAGUCUGUUCAUAUUUUUAAUUUCAAAUGACUUCAUUCAAAGACACUCUGUGGAUGGCUCGCUCUCUGAUUGGUUUAUCGCGCCAUUAGGGGGCGGAGCUUCAGCGAGGACUUGACAUUUGAAAUCUGAACAGACUAUAACUUAUUUGAAUUUUCCAGUCGCUGCUCUUGGCUCUGUGCAGUGAAGUUACACGACAACUCGAGCGCGUCAUCUUCAAAUGCCAGUUCAAUCGAUACGGAGGUCUUCAGCUAGAUCGGGAGUUCCGGCAUAUCAGCGCCUACCUGAGCACCGUCGCUGGCUGGACGGCUAGAGAAAGAUGUUCAAGACUUUCUCAGGUUCUUCAACCCAAAUUUAGAAGUUUCUCGAUGAUUUAUUUCAUAGAUUGUUGCCCUAUUGAACGUGGAGACGGUCGAAGAAGCCGUCGACUUGUGGAACCACACGCUGACCUCAGCUUCACCUCUUUCCAGGGCCUUAUCCUCCUCGGAAGCCAAAAAAGUCUUGAGACUACGAAUCGACCUCCCCUCCACUCUCGUCAAUAACAUGGAUUUAUAA